AUGUUCCAUGAACUACCACAUGUGAACGCGAACUCGAAACACCGUGCUAGUGUUAAACCGUUUAAACCGUACCGCAGGAGUUACCAAAGGGACCGUACCAAAGGCAUUUGCAGAUAGAAGAGACAUUUAUAUGUGCGCGGUAGCUGAUUGACUAUUUUAGGCGCGAGUCAUUCGCUGUCGACAUAGCGAAAAUGUUUGGAGCGAGGCCAUGUGCGCGCAUGUACUCCGCGUUGGUCAGGAGGUUUACUUUCGAGCUGAACCCAGCAGCACCACACUCCUCAGCUCGACGAUUUUGCAUAGCGACAGAGGCGGUACACGAAACUCGGCACUCUCCGACAGCCGAUCUUAGUGACCGGAGUUCGGCGCCCCCAAAGUCCGGUGCGGAAAUGAAGCGAAGACGUCCUGGCGGUAGCGGCGCGGCAACUCAAACGCAGAGAACUCGAAACGUGAAGCGGGAGUUUCCGAUCUUCGAGGGCCACGACCCGGAUAUGUUCGGUACGCUGUCGGAUGAUCAUCGGCAGGGAGCCGAACUUCUUCCGGACGACGACGACGAUCUUGUGGAGUACACGAAACUCAAGCGCAUGUCGGACAAAAAGUACGAGAACGACAUCAAGCAGCUGGUACUUGAGAGAAAGAUCAAGGAGGCACUCAACCUGUUUUUUGAGAUCCAGAAGGCGUAUGAAGUGAAACCAACUCACGUCAUGUUCACACUGCUCAUUGGUGGCUGUGGCCGAGUCGGCUACACCAAGAUGGCAUUCAAGCUGUACAGAAUGAUGCGUGAUCGUGGCCUAGAGCCAACGCCGGCCACACUGACGGGACUGUUUAACUCGUGUGCAGAGAGUCCAUUCCCUGAAAUGGGCCUAGACAAAGCACACAAGCUUUAUGAGCAGAUCAAGUUGAAGAACUGGGUUCCCAGCAACCUCACUUACCAUGCCAUGAUCAAGGCAUUCGGCAAGUGUGGGGACCUUGACAUGGCCUUUAGGGUGAUGGAUGAGAUGGCCGAUGCAAAGCAUGCCAUCACCACCGAGACCUUUGCUUUUCUUCUGAUGGCCUGCAUCAGCAACAAGGAAGCUGGCUUUUCCCUGGGGCUCAAGGUGAUGCGGACCAUGCUGUGGAAGAAGAUUCGACCCUCGGUGUACUGCUAUAACCUUUUCUUGCGCACAGUUCGUGAUUGUGGUGUCGGACCACCGGAGAUGUUUCGGGAACUCCUAGAAUCUGUCCAAUCUGGCAAGACCAAGCGGAUCGCUGGGAAGCAGGGUCGUGCCAAGGCUGACAAUGUGCUUCGCAUAGAGGCACGCAUGUGUCCCGCUGAAACUGCUAGACUGACUCAGACCGAAGGGGAUGCCUCAGAAAAAGUUUUUGAAACGACCAGAGAAGCGGAGGCAUUGCCGUUUGAUGAACCUCAAAGGACAGCAACCUCCACAAGCCUGGCCACCUUGCCAAACCUGCUCUCGCCAAGCUUCGAACACACUGGCGAAAUUGUGGGACUUGGAGAGGUGACCGAUCCCUUCCACAGGCUUCUCAUGGUUGGCGGAGUGAAGGGCAUGAUGGACCACUUUCGGGACAUGUCGGUGCGCCCAGACUCCAAGACCAUCACAAUGCUCCUGGACUGCAUUCCCAAUAACUUUGAUGCUGAGGCAGAACUGAUUGCUGAAGCUGACAAGAUCGGUGCCAAGCUGGAUGUCGAUUUCUUCAACAUGCUCAUCAAGCGCCGGGCUUUCCGCCGGGAAAAGGAAACUGCCAAGGACACCCUGUCAAUGAUGACGGCACGUGGUCUGCACCCUGACGUGGUCACUUUUGGGGUCCUUGCACUGACUGUGCACACCAAGAAGGAGGGAAGCGAGUUCCUCAAGACAAUGCAGGAAGCUGGCCUGACGGUGAAUGAAGAGACCUGGGGCACGCUGGUGUGCAAUGCCUGCUUCAAGGGUAAUUUCUGGUUCCUGUUGGACCUGAUGGGCUACGCCAAGCGAGAGAACAUCCUGGUCAGUGCUGCUGCCCUCCGGGCCAUCGACAAGGCCAUCGACAGAACCAGGAGGGCACUGCUCAGAAAGGAGAGGGGAAAGGAGGUAAACUUCUUGAGUUCGGCCAUGGAGAGUGGCUUCCGGCAGUUCUGUCUCGUCUACGAAGACUGGCUCAAGGAGGUGCGAGUGGACACGCCUCGACAUCCGUGGGAACAGUACGAGCCAGAAAACCUGAAGAAAUCGGCCGCCGAGCUGAAAGCUGCAGCAGUCGCCCUCACAACAGAGCAGACAUGACGUUUCUGGUGCAACAUUUAGGCUCCCAGCACACCGUGGGUACGAUAUUGUAAAACUAUUCCGUUCUGUUUUUAUUCCAUAUCCACCAAUAGAACUACGUGAUUGGUGUAUUUUCUGGGCCACACCCAUUACUCUUGUUUGUCACGGGAUGUAAUUAAACAUUGUAAAAAUGCCGCAUUAGAUUAAAGCGGCCCUACGGUGUUUUUUCGACUGCCUUCUGUAGCGCUGGAAUGUGUGCCUGUCGCGGUGGUCUUGUGGUUAUGAUGCUCGACUGCUGACCCGAAGGUCGUGGGAUCGAAUCCCGGCCGCAUUUUCGAUUGCGGCGAUAAUGUUAGAGGCCCACGUGCUUAGAUUUAGGUGCACAUUAAAGAACCCCAGGUGGUUGAAAUUUCUGAAGCCCUGCACUACGGCAUCUCUCAUAGUCAUAUCAUAUAAUUUUAAAGGUGUAAAACCCCAACAAUUAUUAUUAUUAACACUGGAGUGUGUGUAGCAUUGAAUACUAAGAUGAAUGCAAGAAGAAUUAUAAAAAUUGGUGCACGAAAACUAAGGUUAUCAAUCUUCAAAGUUCUAAACUGGAGCAGAUGAUGCGAAGUAACACUCCCUCUUGCAUUUCACUCUGUCAGCAGCAUCACUGGCUACUUCCAGUGACCGCGUGCCUCUUAUAGAGAUAUACGAAAUGUUUCACCUCAAAGUAGCCGUUGCCUAGUGCACCUAUACUCCAUCUCAGCACCACCGUUCAGCACUAGCAAGGCUACAGGGUGUAAGCAAGCCACACGCUUGCACGGCAAUACAUCGUUCCAGAUACAAUUACCUUACAAUUGGCAGGGUUGAGACAUUUGCACUUGUUUGGCACGUGUUACGUCACAUUGAUGCGUGACAUGUUUAUUCUUCUUCGCAUUUAUGUCGUGUGCCUUUAAUUGCUGUAUCGGUAACUGCUGGUAACUGUGGUUACAAAUCAAGAUGGCAGCGCCCAUGCAGGCGUGACCGUCCACUUCGAUCCGAACUUGCACUUGCUAUUCGCCCACUUCACUGGCAGCAACAAAUAAAUGGUGAAAUGAGCCAUCGAUUUGUGCCAUCUGACUCUGAAAACCAAACAUCAGGUACAUUUUGUCGUUAUUUGUGAAAUCAGCUGUUUCUUUAGCCACGCUUGCUAAGCCUAACGUGCCGAGAAUUUGAUAAUGGUUCUUUGAAUUAGUGCAAUAUAGUCAUGGUUACAUUGCUGUUGAAGCGUCAGCACAUUAAUCAAAAGCAAAUGCAUGCGUCAGUUUGUAACUUAUGGGUCACACAGCACACGAUGACGAGUUGACAAACUCGAAGCGAAGGGCACCAGCUGUGAUGGGUGCAGCCAGUUCUUUAUUUUCAGCGAUACAGUUUGUUCGCUUUACUCGCCCUACGCGUGCAGGCAGAUGCCAGGGAGACACUGAGCAGAUGACGCGACGUGGAUGAAUACAUGUGGAGGGGCCAAUCACCCUUUCUAUUGGCUGAGGGGCGCUGUAGCCUUCACAGUGCUGAAGGGAACUUCUGAGGUGGAGUAUAGUGUGUGUUGCAAUUGCUUUCAAAAUAUCAACUUUCAAAACGGACAUCCUUUUGUAUUUGGCAAAGUAUAAAAAACAUUUUGGAUUUCUUAGCACACAGUAGUGUGGCCAAGCUGGGACCACACAAUUGUUACGUGCAACUUGGCUUGUACAGCCGAUUGGAACGCACAGUUACUGAAUGCACUGUCACAUUACCAAAUGUCACUUGCAAUGUAAAAAUUGCCAUUGCGUGUCACUGUAGUUCGAGCAGGAGAUAGUUUCUCCGUUAAAUCAAAAUUAUGACUGCUUUCUUUUCAGUGUUCCUGCUUGCACAAUGAUAUUGCCACAUUCCACAACACCAGAAGAAGCUAUGAAAAUGACAUGUUUAAUUUGUGUCGCAGGGCCCCUUUAGCAUGCUGAACAAAACUGUUUCAGAAUAACUGGAGAGUGCCCUGUUUUGAAUGGAAUAUUCCUGCCUGUUCAUUGAUCUGGUUCUUGGUACUCGUAGUUGGUGGCAAGAGUGAACUUAUAUGCACAUAAUUAUAUUUUGGAUGGUUGUAUAAUGGUUGUGGAGCUGUUUUUUUUUUUCUUCCAGUAUGCGAUUUGCCACAAUUUUUUAUUCUGUUUUGGAACAGGGGCACUCGCAGGCUAUUCUGCACAUUUUUCGAGUUUGUUGAGCAUGAUCUAGCACAACCUGUGCAUGCUCAUAAUUUCGACACCCAAGGUUUUUGCAGUUUCUGGUUGUCACUUGAUUAACUGGCAAAAAGGACCAGUUUUUUACGAAUUCGACCAAUUGGGGAGUGCUAAUGGCGUAUUUGGAAUAAAAACAAAGCGGACUAGAGUUACAAUACUCACGGAUUGAAACGUGAAAAUUUAGAGCCAAGUAAUGCUCGUAGUUUCGUUUCUAGCAUCUACAGUUCGUGUCAUAUCGGUGUAAUUUUGACUCUGAACACCUACAUCAGAGCCAGUGUUAAAGGGGUACUGACACAAAAAUUUUGGCCUCGCAUUUUUUUGCUGCGGUGUGUUGCUGGGGGCCUGUUAGUCUUAACAUGGCACAUCGUUUGCUGCAGUGCGUGACAGAUAAUUAAUUACAGGCUCCUCAUUACCGACCAGUGUCAGUUUCGGUUCCGAAAAUGAUAAGCCUCCGGGUGCAAUUACAGUCAAACCCCGCUACAACGAAAUUGACGGUGCUCGGAAAAAUGUUCGUUGAAGCGAACAUUUCGUUGUAGUGAAAUCGAAAAAAAUAUGGCUGACCUGAGCUAGUAGAACAGAGAAACCUUUAUUUCCAAAAUUCAAAAAGUGUCUGCUGCUUCCUUUGCGUCCCCAGCAGCGUCACGACGCGAUUCUCGUAUAUGCAUAGCGACGCCACGUUGAAAAGCACGCAGAAACAACGUUCGCGGC